AAGAGGGGAAGGGGGAAGGGUUAAUUGUUAACUGAUUGAUUGAUUGAUUGAUAGAUUGAUUGAUUGAUUGACUGACUAUGAAUGAUGAAAUGCUCAAUCACCAGCAGCAAGCGGGAAAUGUGUCAUUUUCUCAAAGACAAGAGUCCAGAUACGAGACUUGGAGAGGCCGAUCUAAAAUGAUCCUAAAGGAAGAAUGUGUGUCAACGGCGCGGGGAGAGGGGAGGGGUUGUUUAUGAUGUUCAUGAGUUUCUUGACAUUUCUUGACGGUGGCAUAUCAUUUUUGCAGUAAUUUCACCAGGCGUCCUCACAUUGCUGGCGGGGAACAAAAUAAGAAGCUCGGCGAAUACAUUCGUGAUAAGUGGAUCAGUUAUAAGUUUGAUCACGUGGAGAUGGUUCAGUAUGACGUCCUGUUAUCUAUGCCACCAAGGGAUAAACCAAACGUCGUCAAGAUCCUUAACACAACAGACGGAAGCGCUCUCUGGAACGUAGAGGGCAGGGAAAAGACUGCAGAACCAAGUGAGAACGAUUCUCUUGUUUUGCCGCCAUUCCUCGGCUACUCUCCGCCAGGUGUGGUACCAGCCGCUGACCUGUUGUAUGCAAACUACGGUACCGUGGACGACUUUAAAGAAUUGGAGAAGAGAAACUUGAACUGCACUGGAAAGAUUGUGAUCAUACGAUAUAGAAAAAUAUUUCGAGGAAAUAAGGUUCAAAAUGCAGAAAAAUGCGGAGCUGCUGGCGUACUGUUGUACUCUGAUCCAGCGGACUACUCUCCAGAAGGCAUGAACAACACGUUCCCAAAGACAUGGUGGCUCCCUGGGACUGGCACCCAAAGAGGAACCAUUAGUUUUGCACAUGGCGAUCCUUUGACCCCACUCCUCCCCUCCAUAGAUGGAGUUUACAGAAUAACCAGAAAUGACACUGACGCUUUGCCCAAAAUUCCCGCGCAGGUCAUGACUUAUGAUAACGCAGUUGAAUUCUUGAAACGCCUUAAAGGUGAUCAAGUUCCUCCAGAAUGGACGGGUGGCUUAAACAUCGUAUACAGGUUUGGACCAGGCUUCAAAGAUUCAGAGUUAAAAGUCAGACUUGAAGUCAACAACCAGUUCGUCACAAAACCUGCAUUUAACGUGAUUGGAAUGAUUUUAGGAAAAGAGGAACCCGACCGCUUGGUGCUCAUGGGUAACCACAGAGACGCGUGGGUCUUUGGCGGAGUGGACCCAUCAAGCGGAACAGCGGUUAUGAUGGAAGCGUCGCGUGGUAUCGGAGAACUGCUGACCAACACUGACUGGCGACCCAGGAGGACAAUUGUGUUUUGCAGCUGGGGAGCUGAGGAAUACGGUCUUAUUGGCUCUUACGAAUGGGUGGAAGAAAAUAGAAAUAUGCUCAGGGACCGUGCGGUGAUGUAUUUAAAUGUUGAUUCCGCCGUGAAAGGGAACUACAGUUUUGGGGCCAAUGGGAAUCCUGGCUUGAAGUCGCUUGUUUAUCAAGAAUCCGCGUUCGUGAAGGAUCCCAAUGCGCAUGACAAAGAGGCAAGUCUGUAUGAUAGCUGGUUGAUCAAAUAUCCAUCUUCCUCAGAACCUGGUAAGCCUCACUUCGGAGGUCUAGGCUCGGGAUCCGAUUAUGCACCAUUCAGUCAUUUCCUCGGAGUACCAAGCAUUGACAUGAGUUACAGAUUUAAGAGCAUGGGCAGAACCCUUUAUCCUGUUUAUCAUACAGUACAUGACACAUUUUACUGGCAAAAGACCUUCAACGAUCCACAUUUUACCACUCACUUGUCAAUGUCCCAAAUCGUAGCCAGGAUUGUUCUUGAGGCUGCUGACACUCCCAUCCUUCCUUACAAUCUGAUGGAUUACAAAGAAGCCCUGGAAAGUAACUUUGAAGCACUGGAGAAAUUCUACAAGUCAUUACUUCUGCAGGGGAAUGUGACCCUGGACCACUUGGCCAAUCAAAUAAAACAAUUUUCAAGAAACGCAGUGGCAUUCGAAAAGAGAAAGGCUGAAGCCCGCAAUACCCAGGACUUUGCCAAACUACGCAUCCUCAAUGAUCAGAUGAUGAACAUGGAGCGCGCCUUCAUUUGGCCGUUUGGACUCCCGGGAAGGAAAAUAAUUCGUCACGUGCUGUUCGCACCUCAAAUGCACAACAACUAUGGCAGUUCAAGCUUCCCGGGAAUCACUGACGCAUUGUUUGAUAUUGAGAAGACCAACGACUGGAAACUGGUCAAGGAGCAAGUGUCCAUCGCUAUAACAUGCGUGCGAGAGGCUGGCAAGAUUUUGGCGGCAAUGGACUAGUAGAGGAGAGUGUCACACAGUUGUCAAAGGUUUAGUGAGAUUGACUGAUCUAGUGGAGAACAAUUGAGUUGGAUGGUUUAAACUGUAGCUUUGGGUUUGUACUGUAGCGUAUUCAAAUUUUUUCAAAUGAAAUUUCUCUGAAAGUCAUUUAGUGUCAGAGAUGUGUCAGCUCUUGUUGUCAGUGACCGCUAGUAAAUGAUACAAAAGCAUACUCACACUCCCUGAACUCAACAGCCACUUAGCAGUUAAGUCCCCCUUUACAAACUGUAUGCUUAAAUGCUUCAAUUUACUAAAACGUUGAAAUAUAGAAGCACUAUGACACUUUUUUCUUUAAAACACUUGAGGGAAGGCUGUUAAUCGAGGUGUCCUUGAUGUUAAUGCAAAACGUGUAUUCGAAUUAGCAGAACGUUUGUCUCUGGUUACUAGGUACCAUCAAACACGUUUGUGAAACUCGCCUUAGGUACAUUUCAAAGCUUUGCAAAUAGAAAUCUAACGAUUAUUUUCUCGAUGCGAACGUCACUGCACUAGUUUAACGACACUCAUUUGCAUCUGCAUCCUUCAACCACAAUUACGUUUUUCAAAUGACAACCAUUAAACGCACGUUUAUAACUUCGAA